AUGAUGUUUUCGAAAUUAAAUCACGAGGAUAUCAAAGAGGAUAAGAGCAUCAAUUUCGAGAAUGGGCUUAUUAAUUACCGACUGCGCACCACCGCCAAUGUGAUUCGUAGGAUUGAUGAAGGAGUAUAUGAGAAAAUUGCGCCCAUAGAUGUGGGAUAUCAAUGGCAUCUCAAAGAAAUUGACAUGGCCUAUGUAAGACCAUUCAUGACUGUAAAUCACAUGGCGAUUCUAAAGCGAAUGGUUUACAUGCACUCGAAAUUUACUGAUGAAAACGAUCAAUUCGAUGCGGAACUCUGCAAAGAAGAGAAUUUGUUGAAUAUUUUGAAGCGAGGAAUCUCAUCGGAAAUUUAUCAUCAAGUUCCGUUCGCUUUGAAUCAGCGAAAUGAGUAUCAACACUUUGAAGAAACAAACAAAUUGCAAAAGGCUAUAAUUAGUAAACUGCAAAAUGAGGGAACUUCGAUGGAAAUUUAUUAUCUCACCGAAUAUGCAUCAAAGAAAGCGGCCGCUAUUUUUCCGCUACCCGAGCCCGUUCCUUCACCGGAAGAUCUAUUGGUUCAUAGAACGUCGGCAAUUCCAACGAUUGAAGAGGCCAAUGAGCUCUUGAACGAGAAUUUGAAGACAAGCCCAUAUCGAAGUGAUAUUGAGAAAUUGACGCCGGAGCAGAUGGAAUCGCUUGUUAGAAUUAUUCUAAACGAUCUCUUCUCGUUGCGACGAUGCGUGCGAAACACGAAACUGUUGGUCUACAUGUUCCGGGAGACAUGCUGUCCGAGAUUCAAGGCUUUAUUUGAAAGUGGCAAAUGCACAAUGCGAGAUGAGCAAUUCCCAGAGAGGAGUGAAGAAAGCACGUCGCCACGCAAUUUGUCGUAUGGCGAAUAUUUGAAAAUCGUCGACGAAUCGUUGCAAGAGGAGGAAGAGCGACAGAAAAAAAUGGAAGACACAAAGCCCGAGGUCAACCCGAAUCCAAAUCACCGAUAUCAUUUGGAGCCGCUCUACGACUACGAAAUGCGAGGAGCAUUACUCAAUCGGUUCCCCAAUUACAUGCGUUAUCGACAACACCAGCUUCAGCCAAACUAUCGUUAUUUGAAUCGCGGUGGAGACAUAAAUUUCUUUAUUAAUAUAUUACGAAGCAUGGAAAAUAUGGCGCAGUUGCGGCCACCGGUGAAUUUGCAACUUCCUUUUCCCGAGCUUGAUGAUGAAAUACGGCCACAACUCCAGGAGCCGUCUCGGCCGAUUGCUCGAGUCAGACCCACUAGAGUAGUACGUCAAAGAGAGGCGCCUGUUGUUCAGAAUGAUGGGCCAAGCACGCGUCUGAGAAAGCGAAAGCAAGCCGAUCAACCAGCUCCGGUCAGAAGAUCUAAGAGAAUUCGAAUUCUUCAAAAGUAA